CAUUAGCCCAGAACAGAAAAGGCUUUGAAGGAGACAAUUGCGGAGGUUAUUUGGUUCUGCUUCUUGCUUCAAGUUCUCCUUUCUGUGGCUAUUUCGAGUCGAGGACGGCGGGGAACGGCGCUUUUCUCUGGUCUCUAAGGAAGCAGAGAGAGUCCGCGGCGCACAGCUGGAACUCUGCACCGUGCACAAAAAUUGCGCACUUUUAUUGCUACCUCCGAAAUCCUAGGCAGAUUUCCCAGGGAGCCCCGAACUGGAAUUUAGAUGUGCACACGAACUGCACAGUGGCCGGGUGAUGCUUUGAUCUUUUUUGGAGGCGGGGGUUCUUUCCUUCUUUCUCAGGCCCUGAGCCUCAGCGAUCGCCUGAAAGCAGAUCUUCCACACGACACCACGCCGCCCACUGCCUCUUUUCGCCGCUUCCCCAGAAAGUCCCAGCCUCCUGAAAACUUCGCUCGCCUUGCUGUAGGCCGCCCCGAUAUUAAGAGGACGGUUUUGACUUAUGUCGGCCCGCUUUGCAGAAAAUUACAGGUGGUUCGGAGACCCUGGCUUGGAAAGUCUGGUGGCCGAGAGCGAAUAGUUCAGUUGGAAUAGGCAGUUCCUCGGACACAGGUUCAGCGCUGGGAAAAGUCAAGGGCGUUGAUUUAGAGCUGCUGCGCAAACUUGAGUUUUACUCACAUGCAAAACCUUGCCUGACCCUCUGAGUGCCGGUGGGUUACAGGCCUUAUAUCUGGUUAACUCUGUAUAAGAUGGGUACUUUAAAGCAGCAUCAUUACUGAGAAAAAAACCUUUCCACUUUGUCCUCCUUUUCUUUGGAAUAUUUCACCCUUAGUUUGGCCCUGACAUGUGACAAUUCCAAAGACGCAAUGCUUCUUUUUAAGGAGGAAAAGAUAUCAGUACCAGUACCAAGAGAUGGAGAAGGAAAGAGACUCCUAGGUAUUCUAUAAAGAAGAAUGGAAAAUACCUCCAAUCUGCACUAGUUCCUCUGGCUGGGUUUGCACAUUGCAGUGAGCCAUAAGUCUUUGAGCAAUAUCAAAGAGCCCGAACACAAUUUGUCCAGACAGUUGCAGAACUAGCUACUAGGCCCCAAAAUAUAGAGACUCUCCAGAAUGCAGUUCUAAGCCUGUUCAUGUCUACUCAGAUGCAAAACCUUCUGAUUUCAAUGUGGUAAACUCUUAGGUGUAAUGGCUUUGUUGAGACCACUCCUAUUGGAUGUGGUUCCAAAUAUUCAACAGACAGCUGCUUUGGCCCUUGGGAGACUUGCUAAUUACAACGAUGAUCUAGCAGAAGCUGUAGUUAAAGGCGAUAUUCUUCCACAGCUUGUGUAUUCACUGGCUGAACAAAAUCGUUUUUAUAAGAAAGCGGCCGCAUUCGUAUUACGUGCAGUUGGAAAGCAUUCUCCUCAGCUUGCCCAGGCAAUAGUGGAUUGUGGAGCUCUAGAUACACUGGUAAUUUGCUUAGAAGAUUUUGAUCCUGGGGUGAAGGAAGCUGCAUCCUGGGCCCUUGGUUAUAUAGCAAGACAUAAUUCAGAACUGUCACAGGCUGUGGUGGAUGCUGGAGCUAUUCCACUCUUAGUCCUAUGUAUCCAAGAGCCAGAGAUUGCUUUGAGAAGGAUUGCUGCUUCAGCAUUGAGUGAUGUUUCAAAGCAUUCUCCAGAGUUAGCACAGACGGUCGUUGAUGCUGGGGCCAUUGCUCACUUGGCACAGAUGAUCCUCAAUCCUGAUGCCAAAUUAAAGCGUCAGGUGCUGUCAGCUCUUAGUCAGAUAGCAAAGCACUCUGUGGAUCUGGCAGAAAUGGUAGUUGAAGCAGAAAUUUUUCCUGUUGUACUCACGUGCCUGAAGGAUUCUGAUGAAUAUGUCAAGAAAAAUGCUGCAACUCUAAUUAGAGAGAUAGCAAGACAUACUCCUGAGCUUUCACAACUUAUUGUAAAUGCUGGAGGAGUAGCUGCCAUCAUUGACUGCAUUGGUAGCUGCAAAGGAAAUGUUAGACUCCCAGGUAUUAUGAUGUUGGGCUAUGUAGCUGCUCACUCGGAAAACCUGGCCAUGGCAGUGAUUAUCUCUAAGGGAGUCCCACAGCUAGCUAUCUGCUUGUCAGAAGAGCCAGAAGAUCAUAUUAAGGCUGCAGCUGCUUGGUCAUUGGGACAGAUUGGAAGACAUACUCCAGAACAUGCCCGUGCUGUUGCUGUAGCCAGCGUCUUACCUGUAUUGCUUUCCCUGUAUAUGGCAUCUGAAAGUUCAGAAGAUCUUCAGGUCAAAGCUAAGAAAGCCUUGAAGAACAUUUUACAGAAGUGUACUCAUCUGUCAGCUCUUGAGCCCUUGCUACAUGAUGCUCCUCCCAAUAUCCUGAAACAUAUAGUUGGCCAGUUCAGCAAGGUUUUGCCACAUGAUUCCAAAGCCAGGCGUCUUUUUGUAACAAGUGGUGGUCUUAAAAAAGUUCAGGAGAUAAGAGCAGAAGCUGGCUCACUACUUCAAGAGUAUAUCAACACAAUUAAUAAUUGUUAUCCAGAAGAAAUAGUCAGAUAUUACUCCCCUGGAUAUUCUGAAGCACUUUUGGAAAGGGUAGAAAAUUAUCACCCAGUUCUAUAAAUUUUUCAUCUCUAUAAGAAAGAGAGGAAGCAACCCCUCUUUUUCUUAUCUUUGUUUUGAGUGGCAAGCAAAUAUAGUUUGGCCAAGACUGGUGUGGGAAAUAUUUAACCUUCUGUUAUGUUAGCAAUCAAUUAUGACAACAGGAAGACAUACCCUUUCCACCUUUGAUCUACAGUUGACUUCUGGAACUCAUGCUAAGAACAAAGACUGUCAUAUGCCUAUUUUAAGAGAACUGUGUUUCUCACUACCUUUUAAAGUCCCAAGUACAGGGAGGCCAGGUCUCUUUCUGAAUGCACCUGAAAUUUGCUAAACAGCUUGUACCAUCAAAUUCUUCUUUGAAGGAGAAUUACAACAUUAUCCAGUAAGCACCAGAGUUGUACGAUUGUUAUUCUUUUUGCUAAGGCUUGUGGUUCAGUCUAAGCAGAAAUUACCUAUUAUUCUUGUACUUCCACUUUCUUGAUUAUCUCACCACUAUUGUCUGUCUUCUGGUACUUGCAGUAAACUAAUGAAUGUUUGACCUUUUAAGAACCAA